UGAUCGAAAAAUAUACAAGCAAUACUAUAACCGCGAGGAAUCUUUUCUGAUACCGACUCUUCACUGCUACGGUACGGAAAACCCGAAUGAGAAAUCAAUAAAAUUACUUUUAGCUGCAGAUUCAUAUCGCAAUUUUGACCAACAAUCGCGAAGAAUCGUUCGCGCAAUUUUUUUUUGAGAAUUGAUAGCAAAUUUUACAAACGUGAUAUUAUAUUGUCUUUCUCAUGGCUUUUAAUUGCUGAUAGUCGUGCCACGGUGGUUUCAGUAAUCAAUUGAAUUUCCAAUUUAAAGCAUCAACUACUAAAUUAAAAUAUGACUGAAUUAUCUCUUAGACCUUCACGGCGAAAGUGCUGGAUAAUUGUGCUAUUGGUGUUUAUCAGCUAUACACUUGUUGUAUGGUAUCUCGCACAUUCCCACAAAUAUACAUUAAAGUUUGUGAAUAAAUAUCUGGAAGUCGUGGAAGAGGAUCCUGAACCUGUAGCAGUGAAAUUCGUUGCAUCAGAUCGAAGAUUUCUCGUUGAUCUUCGCAAUUUUGACUACACGAUCAAUCAGAAAUCUUGUUUAGAGUUAGAAAUGAAUCCCAAAUUCAUCGUUUUAGUGCACAGUGCUCCAACAAAGAGAGAAAAUCGUGAUAAUAUAAGACAAACUUGGGGUGGAUGGAAAGUUGAUCAUCGAGUGAUCUUUCUUCUUGGCGCUGUUUCAUCUCAAGAUAUUCAGAGAGAAAUUCAAAUUGAAAGUGAUUUCUUUGGGGACAUAGUUCAGGGGAACUUUGUGGAUUCGUACAAAAAUCUCACCUAUAAGCACAUAAUGGCCAUGAAGUGGGCCACAGAAUUCUGUCCAGAAGCAGAAUUUAUCUUCAAAUCAGACGACGACAUCUUCGUUAAUACGCCGUUAAUUUUGAAAUUCAUUCAAAAACUCCGAAAUAGGAAGGAUUUAAUUUUCUGCCACAUCAGUUGGGGUCCUCCUGUUAUUCGGGAUAAAAACUCAAAGUGGUACGUUUCCCCGGAGGAAUAUCCCAAUGCCACGUAUCCAGUCUACUGCCCCGGAUGCGCAGUUCUCUUAACAAGUGACGUGGCUCAGAAGCUGCACAAAGCAGCAGAAACGACGCCAUUUUUCUGGGUGGAUGAUGUCUACGUUCUAGGGACGCUACGUGAGAAGAUUAAAGCGAGAAUAACCCAUGGCGGUGGCCUCAUCAUGGGAUCUCACACUUCAAAUGAGAUAAUAAUUCACGGGAACUACACAGAAGCCAUUCACUAUAUGUUUAGUUUUGAAUUAAAGAACCAACAAAUAAAGUUAAUGUGGCAAAUGAUACAGAAGCCAUAA